AUGAAAGCCGUCCUCCAACGCGUCAAGUCGGCCUCCGUCACGGUCGACGGCCAACUGAUCUCUUCGAUCGGACAAGGUCUGCUCGUCCUCGCGGGCGUCGGCAAAGAAGACACCGAAAAAGACGCCGACUCCAUGAUCGGACGAAUACUCAAAGCGAAACUAUGGCCCGACGAGAACGAUAAGGCAUGGAAAAAGAACGUCCAGGAUAUAUCCGGGGAGGUCCUCUGCGUAUCACAGUUUACACUCUACGGCCAGCUCAAAAAAGGAAACAAACCUGACUUCCACGAGGCCGCGGACGUGGAGACCGCGCGCAAGCUAUACGACUACUUCAUCACGCGACUGGGCGAGUCGUACACGCCGGAGCGCGUCAAGAACGGCGUCUUCCAGGCGAUGAUGGAGGUGGAAUUGAAAAACGACGGGCCGGUGGGUGUAGAUUACCGCAGUGAAGAUGCGGUGGUCACGAUCGAGAUUAAUACGAAGUUGCCGAAGAAGGAGAAGAAAGAUACAGAGGGGAAGGAGGAGCAGAAGGGGCCGCAGACUUUCGAGUUUAAGUUGCCGGCGGAGUUGAUGGAGUGAUUGAUUGAUUGAUUGAUUGAUUCCUUGUUCUGGUGGGAUGUGGCGCUGGGCUGGGCUGGGUUGGGUUUGUGUCGGGUUGGAGUGAAAUGUAGUCAUGACUUUUCUUUCUUCUCAUUGUCGUUGUUACUGGAUUGUAUAUAUUAUGAUACCAAUGCCUACCUAGAAGCGCAUAUAUGUGG